CAUGUCUCCCCACUACUUCUUCAACAGCACAACGUGUGUGUAAGGCUUAAUCAAAUGUAUUAUUAUCAACGCGUCCAGUUGCGGUCUGGACAGUACGAAAGUAUUCAUUAUUUUACACUACGAGAGUUUAAUUAUUCUUAAUUUCAAUUCCAGGUAAUUUAAAACUGAAAAAAUAGUUGAAUAAUCAUAUAAAUUAUAAGUGCAUAAUUUUAGAUUAACUUUGGAUCGAAAAGUCAAAAGAAAAGGUGAAAAAAUGUCGAAAUGUAAUUUUGGGGAGAAUUAUCUCAGAGAAUGAAUAGAACACAAUAUUUUGGGGGAAAUUCACCGUUUUUGGGAACAUAUAGUGUAUUUUAUCGUCAAUUGCGUCACUCCACUAAGAGUGACCUUCAAGUAUUGCUGUUCGAAUUUUUGUCCUGGAAACGUUAAAAGAAAAUCGGAUAAUCGUAAAUAUCAUGCGGCCACUGUUGGAAGAAGAUAAUUCAAAAAUUAAUGUUGAAGCUGUUAUGUACCGAUCCGAGACUGAUAACGAUUUUGGGGCAUAAUGGGAUGCCCUUAACAAAUUUAAACAAAAUAAAAUUCAAUUUUUCUCGUUUUUUAACUUUAGCUAUCCGAAAGAUGAUAAAAAAGAAGUUUCUAAUCAAUACAGAGGGUCAAAUGUACUGCUAUUUCCAUUGAAAAUAUUAAGGUAAAACCAAAUAGUAAAUAUAUUUUUUGUCGUCGUCUCCAGGGAAUCAUAAUCAACAAUAAUUCAGUGUGAUAUGUAACAAGUGCAUAAUUCUGGUUUAUGUUCUCGCAUGCAGGGCAAGCCGAUCGUAAAAGUUCAUUAAAUUGUUCCAGCAGAUAAAAUUCAUACGCUAUAUUUUUUCGCUCGAAAUAAAUCCAAUCACCUGGGAUUUUUACACUGCUGAUAAAUCAGUGGAACAAUAGGGGAGAAACGAGGGACUUGUAAAUGUAUUGGGUUAGUUAAUGCUUCAGUAUGAUGGACGAUCAUAAAGUAAAUUCUGUGAUGAAGUAAAAGGUCAAGGCUACAUCAUGCAGCAUCUCAAGUUCAUCAGGGUGAUUGGAAUUCCCAUUCGAUUUCCACUGUUUACUGUCUUAUCAGCUUAUUUCAUUAAGGUCGUAUCGUGUGGAUCAAAUUAUCGAAAUUUUUCUCAUAAAUAGCCGUGAUGGAUGCCAUUAGAAAGUACCCUACAAAAUUUUGGAUUCUCGGUCACAAUCCGGAGAUAUAUUUAUAUUUUUGCACAACUAUGACUUUGUUCUGUGAUUUAAUUAAUAAUAAUUCAGUUAUAAGACUUGAACUUGAAAAAAAAAUGAAAAUUGAAGGAAUAACGCAAACUAAAAAUAAAAGAAUUGCAAAUAUUUUUUUUCAUUAGAUAUAGAAGUCCGUCUUUCAAUUCAUUUUCGAACUUUCCAGUAACUCAAACGAAUUGUUACGUUGUUUGACAAUGGUUGUUCUGAUUUUGAACGCAACACAAUUUUAAGUACAAUAAAUCAUUGUUUAUUGCUGGGUUCAGGAUACGAGACACUUCGUUUGUUUUUAGUCACGUGUCAAGAAGACGUUUGGUACUAAGCGGUUAUCAACGUGUGAUUUUUUUUAAUUUAAAUAAACUAAAGUUAAACGACAGUGAAAUCAAUAAAAUUAAAACAAACUAAGCCACCGACUAAUCAACUAAACUGCGAUAAAAUUCGUCGAAAAUUUAUCUUUCUUUGUGAAGUAUGAAAUUAGUGACUAGUGUGAUUUGAAAAGUUGAUGAGAUUAUGUAAUAUUAAUUCAUUAUUGAUUGGAAAUACAUAAAUAAUAAUCCGUGAAGAUAUCAGUCACUAGCAUACGACAAAUAGUUUGACGAACUUAAAACAUUGCAUUUUAAAAGUGAAAAUUUCUUCAUUCAAUUGACUAAACUUUCUCAUUAUCCACCUUCUCAUUCUCAUCACUGAGCUUAAUUGAUCAGAAAUUAGAGCAAUGACCUUGUCUCCCUCAAAAUAAUUCGGCGUUCUCAAUAAACUCACCCCUUUGUCUGCCGUCUAUUAAAAAAAAUCGGAAAUUUUCCUAUUUUGUGCUGUGAAAAUUCGUUGAAUUGUGACCAAGACACCAACAACUAUUUUUCAAUUUUCCAUUGCAUAAAUGCAGUUGCACCUGGUGAAACAAAACAAUUCAAUAGUGAUAAUGCCUCAGAACCGGGACAUUGAACUGACAUACAGAAUGAAAUAUUACACAGUGGAGAAUGAGAAACUCUUUGGUGACAUAAUUGUGACCCAUCAGACAGUGGAUGGAAUAUCUUUAUCGCAAAAUAUCCGAUGUACAGCUGUCUAUAAACGCCGACGACGGAACCUGACCCAAGAAACACUAGAUACACCAGACUUCAUGGCACUCAAUCGAAAAGCCGAGAAAAAUUAUCAGAGGAGCAGAGCUGUUGAUAACACAGCGAAUUGUCAGGGUAUUGAGUAUGAUGAGAAGAUUUGUCAUGGAAAUAAGGAGACUGAUGAUGUCCGGAAGCCGAGGAUCUACCCCUUGCCCAUGCUGAGGGAGUUGAGUCCUGAAGGGGCAAUUUCAUCGUUAGUUGACCAAUUACUCCUGGAUAUCUACGGGUGCCCCAGGGCCAAUCGUUCUAGGUCUGAGAGUGAGUCCACUGUGUCGUCAUUCAGGCCCACACCGCAGCAUCGGUAUUUGCAAAAGGCUAGAUUGCGACGAAAGAGUACUGAAGAACUGACCAUAGUACUGGAAACCCUACGCUCUCAUGUUAAUCACGCCGGUGGUCUUCUCAUUCGUCAGCUCCGGAGGAGAGAUUAUCUUCACACUAAACGCGACAGACAGUACGACGUAAUUACAGCUCAUCUUCAGGCUCACAGCAACAAAAGAAGCGAAGACACAAGGAUGCGCUUCAGUCUGACUCCCCAGCCAGGUGAGAGUGGAUUUACACAAUGGUUGGAUGCUAUGAAAAUGGUUGCCAGAUUGCCCGAGGGAAUUCCCCCUGAGUUUCGCAAGAGGUUGUGGCUGACGUUGGCAGAACGCCAUCUUGAACAGCGCGCGGUGGACUGGAAGCAGGCGGAGAAGUUGUGUUUCAACGAGUGGAGUAAUCCAGAUGAUGAGGAGCUGGGCAUACAGAUUGUGAAGGAUCUCCAUAGAACUGGCUGUAGUCUGUUUUGCGGUGCAGCCGGCCGGGACAACCAGGCGGUAUUGCGCCGUGUUUUGCUGGGUUUUGCCAGAUGGAACAAGUCCGUUGGUUACUGCCAGGGACUCAAUGUACUCGCUGCCCUUGUACUUCAGGUGACAGAUCGAGCGGAAUCAUCAGCGGUCAAGGUCAUGAUUUAUCUCAUCGAGGGCGUCCUACCUGAGGGUUAUUUUGCCGACAAUCUUCGGGGGUUGUCCAUUGACAUGGCAGUUUUCCGCGAUUUAUUGAGAAUGAGAUUACCCAAGUUGUCAAAACAUCUGGAGACUCUGCAGUGCGAUGCUAAGGAUAAAGCAACAGGGAGCAGUUAUGAACCACCGCUCACAAACGUAUUCACAAUGCAAUGGUUCCUCACCCUCUUCUGUCACUGUCUUCCCCAGGAUGUUGUCCUUCGAGUCUGGGAUUUGAUAUUUCUCGAGGGUGACGAGGUACUUCUACGAACAGCCCUCGCUAUUUGGGAGGGAAUAUCAGAUCGAAUUAUGACAGUGACAUCCGCAGACGAAUUUUACAGUAUUAUGGGAGUUUUGACGAGGGAAAUGCUCGAAUUUACUGACACGAAUAAUUUGAUUAAGACAAUUGUCAGUAUGGGACCCCUCGCUGGGGUCACAGAUCUCCGGGAAAAACACAGGUACAAUAUAACUCCCUGGGCAAGACGCCUCAGUGAUGAUGAAGACACUGAUACCGAGGAGGAAGAGAAACUUGCUGUGGCAGCUGCUAUGUAUGGCGUACAUCACAGGCUUAAGAAAGGUUACAAGAAAGGCUCCUCGAUAGCAGCAGGAACAUUGCAGGCAAUCAAUCAAGGGGCGGAUAAAGACAGAUUAGCACUGGACAUCAGUACCUUGAAGCAUCAGUACGCCAAAUUGAGGGAGAGACAGAGACAGGCUCAUAUCAUUUUAUCCGCGGCGUGUGCAAGACAGUCGAUGGUGACGCCAGCCACAUCUCAAGCGAUGAAUCAUCUUCUGGUGGGAAAAAGUGCUCUAGUAAGUGCCAAAACUCGGCAGUUAGGCCCUCCUCCUGGUGCAAUACCUCCGAAAUCAAGAUUCACUUCAUUACGAAGCCCAAGAAAUCAAAUACGGAAGGAUAAACAGGGAGUUACAUUACACUGGAAGGAUACGAAGAAGCUAAGAGAGACAAAAAAUGAACCUGCAGUGACAGAUGACGUUGACACGGAGCUGGUACAAUCUCCUGAGAGUAUGUCCGUCAGUCUUCGAUCACUGAGACGCAGUAGUGCUGACAGUGACAGUGACAGUACAUCAACCGAGCUAUGUGACGAUCCUGAUCGUCUGAGUGACAGUGAGGAACCAACAUCGACAUCCGAUUGUUAUAUAAUGGCAACAGAUGACGAAAAAAGUCCUCGACCGGGCUCCUCUCCCACUCGAAAUAUCCCUGAAAUUAUCAGGGGUGGUUUGGACGACCCAAGCAGAAGUGUUGAUCCGGUAGACAUAGAAACAACAGCAUCAAUUGCGAAGAUAACUGAUCAAAUAAGAAGGUUAUCAGCCGGUGAUGACAAUAAUUCCAUUGCUCUACCUGUAUCAACGAGUUUUGAUAGAAGAGAGAGUAAAGUAGACGUCGAUAAUGGAGGAUAUGAUAAGGAGAUCGAGACGAAGGAUGUUACCUCAGUGCCAGUAGAUAGUGACAAUUUUAUACCUAGUAAUGAGCGCCAAUUAGAGAGAGUAGUGAAAUUACACGAGAAGUAUAGUAUUCUUGGUGAUGAUGUACGUAUGUCUAUGGAGACAACACCAGGUGCCCCAAUGGCAGAUACUCCAGUCGAUGAUCAGUUUAGAGUUGAUUUGGACAUGAAGUUUUUGACACAAUCACUAGAUGUGUCUGAAGGGAUUGAGACAAAGUCGUUGGGUAAAAUUUCAACACCUGAAGAUAUUCCUCCCGACACUAACUACUUUCCUCGGGGUUACGUCAUAGGACACUUACCCAUAUCCCCGCUCACUGUUGAUCAGAAGCUGACUAAAUUAGGAGUGAUGACUCCGAUAUCCAAAAUAUCUGCAAUUGAAGAACCGAAGUUCCCCGCUGUCAUCCAAUCUAGAGUAGCUCAUUUGAGUCUUGAUUACAGCCAGAGUUUGAAGCCUUACGAAGAUGUGAAGAGAAGCCCGAAGACUCCAGAUAGUGCGAAGUCUUUCAGCUCUGGCGAGACGAUGGGCCCAGACUCAAAAGUGUCGAGUCUCACGACAAGCCCCAGAACUCCAGUUCGAGCGGAUUCGUGUCAACUUCGGAGUGAUAAAUCUCACUCGUCAGCCAGUUCAGAUGACAAGACAUUAACAAUGAGAUCCAUCGACACUGACAUCGGACCCUCGAGAUCCAAAGUGCAGUCGAGAUGCUCCUCAGAUAACGGUAGCCCGUCGACGACGAUAAGUGUUGAUUCCCUGAAGAAGUCGGAAAUAAGUCCAACUAAGAUUGUCGUUAGCAGUUCGAGUGAGUCCUACUGUCCCGGAGCGAUAAAAUCCACGGAAUUAUCGUCAUUCAGCUCUGAACUUCAUUCUUCAACAAGUGCCAAUUCAAUAAAAUAUACGUCCACUUAUAAGGACUCAGAGACUUUGUCAGAGACGCCAGGGGAUCUCCACAUAACAUCCCCAUUUUACCCGAUUUCUUCACCAGACCAGAAGGCAACAUCACCGAGGAAUCCCGCAAAAAUCCAGAACGCAACUCUCUUAAACUAUAAAUUAGAAGAAUCUUCAAGGUUUUCCAAGCCGUCCGACACCAAGAUUCCCAAAAAAAUUGACGACUAUGACUCGGGUAGAUCUUUCGAAGCAGAAUUAGCCCUAACUCUUUCUCUUUCAUCAAAGUCUGAAAGAACCCCAUCAACAAUCAUAGGAGUGCACCAACGAGACUCGACUAACGACUCAAAGCUUGAUAAGUACGAAGCAACGCUCAACAAGGAGGCGUUGGUGGAGCACUUCCUGGAGGAUGAUACAGUUUCCCCUCUGCCACGGGACAAAUACAUGAAUCUCCAGUUGUCGGAGGACCACUUGGAGGAUCUGCCAUCGCAGAAAAGAACGCCAACAAAGUUUGAGCGCAGUUACAGUGUUUUGGAGAAAAAAUUCACAGAGUUGAAGUUGUCCACUUCAACCGAGGACUUCAUAGGUACGAAGAAACGUUCUAGUGAUAUCCUAGAUGAUUUGAGACACAUGGAGGCAACGGCAUUAGAAAGUAGCGUCACGAAUGACACAAAUAUGACGAGAAAAACUGGUUACGACUGGGAGGAUCUGAAGAGUCUUGAGGCGAGACGACAGGACACGUUUAGCGACUCAGCAAGUGGUUUCUCUCAGGCCAGGUUGGAUUUACCAGGGAUAACAAUAUCAAAUGAAGGCAGAAAGACAUACGUUGUCGAGCCUAGGAUCCAAAUGGAUGAAGCUAGUGACAGUAUUCUGAAGAACUACACGAAGAGAAAAGAGAAUGGAGAACCGGAUGAUGACAAGGAGUCAAAGCUUGGUGUUUGGACCAAAGUCAAACCACGUAAAAUUGGGGAAAAUGGUCGUCGUAGUAGCAGCGACAGAGCACUAAAAAUCAUUCAAGAAAAUUCAGCUAUUCUCCACAAAAUCUUGACAUGUCAAGCUAAAAAACGCCUCCCAGAUCUCGAGGAAAUAUCCAAGGAAAUUACGAUAAGCCCCAUAAACGAAGAGAUUUCGAAAAUCUUCAGUCCCAUUUUGGAAAAGAUGGGACUCAACGAACAAGAGAUCAACGAGGAACUAGCUAGGAUAAACUUCAAGGAUUUCGACCAGAUGAAAACAACAAAUGGCUCUGAAUUCGACGCCAAGAUGCACGAUGAGCUUUCAAAACUAUCGAUAAUUGAUGAUAACGAGGAGAUCAAUCAUCUCGAUGUGGAUGAGAUGAUAUCAGGUGAUUAUUUAAACACAAGAGAAGCCUUGAUCGAUAAACAGAUAAACGAGGAGUUAUCGAAAUUGCUGGCUAACUACGACAAGGUAUCACCCAUCAGUUUAGAUCCCUACGACAAAGGUUCAUCGAGCCAGAACGACAUUGAGGGGAUGGAUUUGACCAGCAUAUCCACAAACGUCUUCUCCUACAACUCUUCUAAUGACUCUAUCGAGACUAAAAGUGACCUUGGUCCAAUCCAAGACUCCUCAGCAGUAGAAAAAUUCCAUCACUACACAGACAUAACAAAGACCUAUCAACCUUCAACAAAAUACGAUCUCCAGAGUAUUGAGGGUCUUUCUCCAAAAAGUGAUCUUGACAUUUAUCGUGAACUUGAGAAGCUCAAUAAAAUCUCAUCAGUUCACGUUCUUCCUACACCAAAUAUCUCACAACAGAUCGUUUCACCAGGUGCUUAUGGAUCAGACUUACCGUCCUAUGAGCCACAACUACCGUCCGUAGAUUACAUGAAACCCGAGAAACCCUUCGAGGACUCCCUAAAAAGUCCUUACGACACUUACAAACCCUACGCUUUUACAGCAUCUAAAGUAUCACCCCUUAAGCCCUCAAAUCCUUUUCCCAGGACUUAUGAUAAAUCAAUGCAUGACGAGGGACUGGGAAUUCUCAGUGAUAUUGAUCGACCCAGUAUGAGGAACUAUGAAAUUGGUAAACGUCAGCUGUUAUCCAAAGAGACACUGGAGUUUCGAGUUAGAUACGACGAGGAUAAUGUACCGAGUGAGGAGAUGCGGGAGGAGUUAUCAUAUAGGGGUUAUCCUGGUGACUUAGAUCGUGGUGUGUCAUACUACGAUGAUGAAUCAGUUUCGAUCAAUCGUAGUAACAAAGAGGAAAGGAGAUUACCAUUGACCUCACCCACAGAUUAUUUAUUCGAGAAAGCUGAGUACAGGGCCAAGUACCUUGCGAAAGCCCGUGAGGAUUACUUCCUGCAGUCUGAUUACGAGAGGACGAGUUAUAAACGGACACCUCCUAAUGGUGAUCGUGACAUUGGAGCAUAUAUUCCGAUGACCCACCGAAGGGAUGUUUCCCCCAAUUAUCAAUUUGAGGAGAGGAGUUAUGGAAAAACUGUCACCUACAACUCGAAACUCUCGUGUCUCGAUCCUGUCGAGGGUAAGACUGGUGAGAUGAGUGAUGAUCCUGGCAGGAUGCAGUUUGAGGUACCGUCUAGGGAGUUGAUCGCUUAUCGGAAGGCCUCGAUGACACUUGGGCCGUUGGAAAAUGUCACCAGAGUCUCCAGUGGGUACGAUACUGGAGCGAGUCCCAAAGGUCAGUUCAAUCCAUUUCCAGUGAGAAAUACCACGAGAAAACCAAAGGAAUUGGGACUCAAACUUGGAUUGUAUUCACCAUCGAGUCCAGGAGCUAGCCAGGGGAAACGAUCAUAGUUUGGCGGAGUUUUUACUUUACGAUAUAGUUUUUGGGACAGUGUACCAAUUAGAACUGUUUGAUGACUUUCUUUCGCGAGCGAUUAUGAAAAUUCGAAAAUCAGGUCUGUAGCAUAUCCCGGUACAGAUUAUCUAAUACAUCUACCACAAGCAUAGGGUAAGGUACCUUGCGCCAUCCCUCGAGGAUUCUAUAAUUAUCCUGACAUCCAACUAUAAGAGGAAGAGCUGUAGCCAGAAUAUGAUCUUGAGAGUGGUUCGUACCAUCCAAUGACUCACUGAAGAGAUCUCACUUCUAAUUAUCAACUCGAGAAGGGGCGAUCGCUUACUGCAGAGCUUCCGUUCGUGGAUAGGUUUAUCAGAGUCUCUGGUGGCUACGAUGGCCGAACCAGUCUUAAAGGUCAAUGCAAUGAUUGCCAGUGAAAAAUAUCAUGAGAAAUUCACAGGAAUUGCGAACUCACAUUUCGACAGCAGUCACCAUCCAAUGAGGCGACUACUCAGGAAAGAGGAUGGUAGAUUAUUGAUUAUAACUUUUUACAUUGUGAUUUUGGAAUCAUUUAGGAAUUAUACUGCUCUGUGGAAUCACAUUCCAAAUCUGGUAAGAGGGGAAGAGCAGUAAAGUAACGCUCGCCUAUCAUGACUUUGAGAUUAGUUCAUUCUUUCUGAUGAUAUACCGAAGACAUCUAGGGUUGCUUCGUGCAGGAUUGUCAGAGAAGUAUGUUAGAAACUUCCGAAAUAUUCGAUUGAACAUUUGAAGCGGCCUAAUCCAAUUAUCCACUAGCGAUGGAACCUUCAAGGGUUUCUGUCACCUCUAGAGCAAUUUGAAAAAAAUUACUAACAGCUUAAUACAGAGAGAAAUAAUAAUUCUACUGCUCCCAUGAAUUUGCAUUGUAGUUGAUUUUGACCCAUCAAUUUUAAAAGUUUUCUCUCGCCCGUUAAUUGACAAUGGCUCCAGUUACAGUAUUUUUUUUUCUCGCUACCAUUUGAUAAAUCUAUCACCCCUCAAUUAACAGUGGCCAUGAAUUACGUGGAAAUGAAUAGUGGUGCAAUCAAAUGAAUUAUCAAUUUCUGAUAAUUGUUGACUCCCCAAAGAGCAAAAAAUCGAGUGGAUUGUUUUUUUUUCCAUCUCGAACUAAUUGUCACGUGUACAAAAUGGAAAUGUAAUUUUUGUUUAUCACUACUGUUAUUGUUUUUUCAAUGUAAAAAAAAGUCUAAUAGAAAUUGAAGAUCGAUUUGAACAGAAUGUAUUGGUAUGAGAAUAUUUGAUAGAUUACGAGUGUUGUUGGACUGAAACUGAAUGAACGAGUGAAUAGAAAGCCAUUGGGGAAAAGGUAAUUGGGAUGUGUGGAGAUAAAAUAUCAUGGUUCGCGUAAUUAUGAUGAGUGGCAAAGGAUGCUGUUAGCUAAUUACCAAUUGAUGAAAAAAAUUAUGAUGAAUGUUUGGUAUGUUGAUAUUGCUUAAUUCACUGAAACAUGGCAGUGGCAAUUGACGAUGAAUAACUGAAAUGGCAAUUAAACGAUUCAAUGAUUGAUAUUAAUCGAUGAAUAAAUUUGUGAUGCUUCAUUGUCAAACAAUGUAAAUAUUUAUAGUCUACGAGCACGAUUAACUGCGGAUACAAGACUGUAAUAUAAUUGAAAGAAUAAAGCAUUAUAUAAGAGAUUAUAAUUAACAAAAGAUAA